CUUACACAAACUCUAUUAUCUUAAAAUCAAAAAGUUUGUUUCUCAUACAUCUCGACCGACUCAUGUAUAUAUUUGAAAAUUAUACACAGAGACAAUAAAGCAAAACGUGAAUUGAGUGGCCAAAAAUUCCAACAAACGUACAGUUCACGUGACACUCAUUUCAGCAACUUUUAUCUAUUAUAAAAAGCUACGUAUAGCCCUCACACGUAUAUCAAAAUAAAAUAAAAUAAUAAUAAUUGUAAGCUCUGUCUGUGAAAAUUAAUGGCACACUCCAUGCGUUUCUUUGCUAUUGUAUUGCUUCUAGCAAUGCUUGUCAUGGCCACUGAGAUGGGACCAAUGAGAAUUGUAGAGGCAAGAACUUGCGAGUCGCAGAGCCAUCGUUUCAAGGGAGCAUGUGUUAGUGAGACGAAUUGUGCCUCCGUCUGUCAGACCGAAGGAUUUUCCGGUGGUGAUUGCCGUGGAUUUCGCCGCCGCUGCUUCUGCACUAGGCCAUGUUAAUUAAGAGUAUAAUUCAUAAUAUGUGAGGAAGAAGUUUGAAAGAAAGUACUUUUGAAUAAAGAGCACUUUGAUUGUUCAAAGAUGUGUAAUGCUAGUUUUGUUUCUAAACCUAGUUAUGAUCUUUGAAUUGUAUGCAAUGAUAGUGCGUGCACUAGGCUCGUAGUUCUUCAUGUGGUGUAUUUCUUAUUUUAUGCAAUACUAUGAAUAAAAUUUGUGUUUAGGCUACUAAA